UUGAAGAAAUUAUAGAAGGCUGAUAUAUAUAUAUAUACAUAUAUAAAUACACAUAUUGUUGGUGAAAAUGUCGAGAAUGAAUCAAGGUGGCGCAGAUGAGGAGGGAGUGAUAAUGAUGAGGAAGGCUGAGAUUGACACCAGUGCUCCUUUUCGUUCUGUUCAGGAGGCUGUAAUGUUGUUCGGCGAGAGAAUUUUGGCUGGCGAAGUCUAUGCCAACAAACUCAAAGAGAUGCAUGAUGGAAGCAUCGAGAAUGGUCACGCUCCUUCAAGGCUUGGAAAUAUCACGGCAGAGCUAGAGGAGACAAAGCAAAGUCUCCAAAAGGCACAAGCAGAAAGCUUGGUCAUGGCUACUUGCCUCUCUUCUUUACAAGAAGAACUUCAGCGGACAAAAAGAGAGCUCCAACACCUAAAAGAAAGAGAAUCCCAGAAAAGGGCCAUCGAGCUUGAGAUUGAAGAUCUCAAGUUUGUUGAGGAUAUAAAAGAUGAAGAAGAAUUUCAAGUCAAGAUCACAGAAACUAUGAUCCACCAACAACAAAACGUGGAGUUUCAAAAGAGAAGAUAUGUAACCUUCGCAGAUCCACCAUCUUUAGCCCAAGUUGUACCACCAGCUGAUGCUCUACUACAGAGGCACCCUUCUCUGAGGAAGAGUAAAAAGAAGCCUUUGCUCCCGCUGAUCAAGGGCAUCUUUAGGAAGAUAGGCAGCUCUGGAGUUGGACCGGCAGGAGCUUGAUCAUGAAAAGCACACAUGCCAUUCGAUCGGAAGAGAUCAAGGACUCAUUUCCCACCAUAAGAACAUUAUCUUAAAGUUUUUGACACCAAAACGAAGAUGAUAUACGUACAAUAGUGUAAUUAAUUUAUAUAUUCCCAGAUAAAAUCUCAAAUAAGGUAUAAGAACAGUGGAAGUUAUUGUAAUUUUGUCUAUUGAUUAUGAUGCUAUAGUGUCCGAUAAUGGAUUUUCUUCCCUGGUGGGGAAUUAAAAUUGAAUUAUGUGUUUCCCUUUU